AUGUGCGACAAUAACAACAACAACGAAUUAGAGAUUAACCAAGAAAACCCAUCUCACGUUUUAGCUGAAAACAACGGCGGGGGUUUCCAAGCACAGGAUCAUCCAACGCCCAAUUUCCCUUUACAGAAUAUUAUGCAGCCGAACAUGAUCAACGGCUUAGAUGUUUUCUUCGGGGACGGCGGGCCCGGCCCAGCCCUCGUCUUACCAGAUGCCUCGCCCCAGAUACUGCCCUGGAAUUUCCCACACCCGUCCGGGCCAGCCCACUUCCCAACCCGAGAGCCCGACCCGUUCCUCCUACCACCCCCUCCCCCGGGACUGUUCAGCCCGAGGAGGCCGUUCGGGUACGAGAGCGGGCCUAGCUCGGACCACCACCAACACCACCAUCUGAGGCUGAUCACGGAGUCCUUGGGCCAGGUGGCGGGCCCCGCUGGCCCGUUUGGGCUGCACGCGGAGCUCCAGAAGAUGACGGCUCAGGAGAUAAUGGACGCAAAGGCCUUGGCGGCUUCUAAAAGUCACAGCGAGGCUGAGAGGAGGCGCAGAGAAAGGAUUAAUAAUCAUCUGGCUAAGCUCAGGAGCUUGCUACCAAGCACAACCAAAACGGACAAGGCUUCGUUGCUUGCUGAAGUGAUCCAGCACGUGAAGGAGCUGAAGAGACAGACAUCCCUCAUAUCCGAGACGAGCGCCGUCCCCACGGAGACCGAUGAAGUUACGGUGGACAGCACUACAGACGAUCUCAUCCGGGCCUCCAUAUGCUGCGAGGACCGGCCGGACCUCCUUCCGGACCUCAUCAAGGCCCUCAAAGGCCUCAGGCUAAAGACUCUCAAGGCUGAGAUCACGACACUUGGUGGCCGGGUGAAGAACGUCCUGUUUGUGACGGGGGAGGAGGGCGGCGAUCAGCCGCAGCCGGUGUGCGUGAGCUCGAUUGAGGAGGCGCUCAAGGGAGUCGUGGAGAGGGGGGGAGUGGAGGACGGCAACCACGCCGCGACAGCCGAAGGCGCGACGACCGGCGCUACGACGAGGAUCAGCGACGGCGCGAUGGUCACGCAGAUCACCACCGCGAUGAACGGCACCGAGAGGAGCGGGCUUAUACACGGUCGAAGUUGA